GGUCUUGGUGUUGUGAUCAUGUCUUUAUAAAUAUGAUCGCCUCAUGCUUGUUCAUUCUCAUCUUUGGGUGGAUAAGGUGUUGAUCCUACAGUACUACUCCACUUUCAGAAAUGGCGCAAUUUGGUGGAAAUCCCUUCUUCAGUUGCAGAAAUUGCCAAAAUCCUCUUGCGCUGCGUGAUGAUCUUAUAUCCAAAAAGUUUGUGACAAAAUCAGGGGCAGGAUAUAUGUUCUCUCAUGCAAUGAACAUCAUUGUGGGACAAAAGGAGGACAGGAAGUUGAUAACUGGCGUUUUCUCUAUAGCUGACAUAUUUUGCAGCAACUGUGGGGAGGUCUUGGGUUGGAAGUACGUUCGAGCUUAUGAUAUAUCUCAGAAGUACAAGGAAGGCAAAUUUAUAAUUGAGAGAGCAAAGAUUGCCAAAGAGUACUAAUAGUAAUUCCCCCCCAAUUACAAUUUACAAGGCACUUUGCUGCUCAUAAUAAUUCCAUUUGGAAACUCUUUGUUCACUUGCUUGCUUGUUUGUUGAGAAAUGUAGAUUCUCAUCCUUUUUAUAUUUAUAAUUUGGGACAAAUUUGGACUUGGAGGCGCAA